AUGGACGAUAUUUGUAGUAUAGCUGAGAACAUAAACAGAACUCUGUUUAGCAUUUUAGGUACUGAGAUUGAUGAAAUCAAUCUCGAUACUAAUAAUCUUUAUAAUUUUAUAAUGGAAAGUAAUUUAACUAAAGUAGAACAACGUACAUUACACAAAAAUAUUUCUAACAAUAGGUUAGAAAUAUAUCACGAUAUCAAAAAAGAGAAGAACCCAAAGGGAAAAUCAUCAAUAUCACCCCAAGCACGGGCGUUUUUAGAACAGGUUUUUAGAAGAAAACAAAGUCUUAAUUCCAAAGAGAAAGAAGAAGUUGCAAAAAAAUGUGGUAUUACUCCACUUCAAGUUAGAGUUUGGUCGGGUUUUUCUUUUAGCUUCAGCUUUCCGCAACAGUAUAAUUUUAUAAACCCUGGUUUUGGUUUUGUAGAGUGGUUGACGAAUAAUUAUGCUGAAGUACGUGGUGACGGAUAUUGGGAAGAUGUGUUUGUACAUUUGGCCUUAUAG